ACAUUUAAGGUCAAUUUCGCUCUUCAGGUAGUUUUGAGACUGUCUUAUCUCUGCUUCCAACUAAUCCUGUCACAGAAAAUGUCGGCCACUGCCGCAGCCAUUAUCAAGGAACACAGUCUCGUAGUGUUUUCGAAGACGUACUGUGGCUUCUGCACCAAGGCCAAAGCUGAGCUGAACAAGGUGGGGGCACAAUAUCAUCUGGUUGAACUGGACAAGAUGGGAGGAGGAGAUGCUCUGCAGAGCCAAAUCCAGAAACUUUCUGGAAUCAGAACUGUGCCGCAAGUGUUUCUGGAAGGUGAGUUUGUGGGGGACUCGAGUGAAAUAAGGCAGAAGCUGAGCAAGGGCGAUUUUGUGCAGCAGUUGUCGGAGAAAGGACUCAUCAAAACUGACUGAGUGGCAUGUACUAUGCUACGAGAUCUUCCUUCCUGUCUAAUAUCCAUCUGUUCACAUUACUAUUGCUGUUUUUCCAAUUAUUCUGCUGGAAAAUGUUCAAAGAGCAAGUUACACACAAUCUACUGGACAGGAUGCUGCUUCCAUGAGUUAUUCUGAUGGAAAGCAACAAGUCAAAAAAUAGCUUUGACUCCAAUGGCCAAUGUUUUGCUAAAAUUAUGUAUUUGAAUCAUUAGUUUAAGUUUUGGAGAAUCCAAAAUCAUUUGAAGUUUAGGAAUAAUUUCAGUCAAA